AUGGCCUCUCAGCAACCGCGGCUGCCGCCGCCGCCGCCGCCGCCGCUGAAGAAGAAAUCCCCGCCAGCCACUCCCACCACCAUAAGCGACCUCGGCGACGACCUCCUGCGCGAGGUAUUUCUCCACCUCCCCUCCCUCCCGAGCCUCGUCCGCGCGGCACUCACCAGCCCCGCCUUCCUCCGCGCCGUCCGCUCGUCACCCGCCUUCCGCCGCCGUUUCCGCGAGCUACACCCUCCACCGCUCCUCGGCGUAUUCCUCGACAUACACGAUCCAUCCAUACCCGUCUUCGCCCCCAUCCGCCGCCACUCCGACCGGGACCACGCCGCCGCCAUCCGCGGCGCGGACGUCUUCUUUACCCUGCUCCCCGAAGACGAUAAUGACCCCGAUCCCCAAUGGUCAAUGGAAUACUGCGGCGACGGAUUUGUUGUCCUCGUCAACUGGGAAAUCAAGAAAAUGGCCGUCUACGAUCCCCUCACGCGGUCCCUGGAUCUCUUCCCCGUGCCGCCGGACGAGAUCUGCUGCGACAUGUACGUCGAGUUCCACAUGCUCGCCUCCGAAGAAAACAACAACGGGCCUUUCCAUGUUGUCUCUGUCUCUCACGAAAAAUGGGGGGCGCAGGCCGCCGUCUUCUCAUCAGACACCAGAGAGUGGAAGGUUUUCCCAUUUUCGGAGGAUGGAUAUAGCUCUCUGAAUGGUACACUGGUGAACGGCUCUGUUUAUUGGACAUUUACCAGCGGGGCCAACGUCCGCGUGCUGAACACGGCCACGCUGCAGUUCUCUCAGAUCGAGCCGCCGCUGCAUACCGAAGGGCAAGAGGAAUUUAAGCCCGGCGAGACCAAAGAUGGGAAGCUCUGUCUGGUUUGCGCAGUUCAACUCAUGCUUGUUGUCUGGGUCCGGAGACCCGACAACAACAACGGUGAAGACAGAUGGGCGCUGGAUAAGACAUUUUCGCUGCAGGAUGAUACACAUAACAUCUCUCGGUAUUGCCUAGAUGAUGAUGUUUCGCUCAAUGUUGUGGCGAUUAUUGGUGGCUUUGUUUAUUUCUCCACCUUCUGUGAGAGGCGUCCAAAUUCUUGCCACUUCAUGUGCUUCUGCCUUGAAACAGAGGAGCUGAGUAAGCUCUGCACUGUCACCCACUCCAAUAUUUCCUAUCCCUACAUCAUGGCGUUCCCUCCUUCAUUGGUAUGCAAUAAGGUGAACCCUCAACUCGAAGGGGCUUGACUAGGCGGAAGAAGAAAACUUGAAACAGAGAAUGUUAUUUCUACUAUGUAUGUUGUUUUCUCACUGUAGAAUAAACCAAUAUCUCCUAGUGUUAUUGGCAAUCUUUA